AUGGACACAACUAACUACUACACUAUAUUGGGCGUCGCGCCCAUGUCGUCGACGGAGCAAAUCCAGGUGGAAUUCCGCCUGUUAGCCAUACAGAACCACCCGGACAAAUGCGGCGACGACCCGCAGGCAGCGGAGCGCUUCGCCUUGAUGCAGGAGGCUCGGCGCGUGCUGACGAACGACGUGGAGCGGCCACUGUACGACGACUGGUUGGGCGGUGGGCUGGAUGUGAGCUUUGCUGAGUAUAAAGGCAUGCGCGAGCGAGGCGGAUGGCACUGGAAAACUGAAAAACAAGUCGGACGACUAGAGUCAAGCGCAAAACGUGCAGAUCACAGUCCAGAUAGUCCAGGCCAAGCAAACACACCAUCCACGUCCAGUACUUCGGCAAGCACGCAAAGCAGCGGCGGCAGGCCACGGUUUUUCUCAUCGCGCAAUGAAGCCGUACGCAGGUUCAGGAACAACGUCCUUUGA